AUGAAGAGCACGGUGCACUUGAUGCACAAUUGAAGAAAGGACUCUAUUUCCAAUCUGAUUACUGAGGUACAUGAUUUUAAAUCGAACUCUUUGACAGUGUGCCAUUUCCUAGGACAAUUAGGUCGGCAUUUAAAUAGUGCAACCAAUUAUUCAUUUAUGACAUUUAAAAUUAAGCAGAAGAAAAUACUCCAGAAUUGCUAUGCUUUUUUGCCUUGAGUGGCGCGGUACGGGCGCCACUCAAGGCAAAAAGCUAUAGUCGAGGCACAUGCAUUGAAUUAAUUAUUGAAAAUAGAUUAUUUUUGCUUUGGAAAGGCGUUGCCGGCUUCUGAAAUUUUAUUGAUCAUAGAUAAAAACUAUGGAUUACGAGUUUUGCCAUUGGAGUAUCUUGUUGCUAUUAGUCAGCUAUCUUUUUUGAGAAUAAUGUCUUUUAUUUGGAGGGCAAAUAAUGACCGAAACUCAUUGGCUCUUUCUGAAUAUUAG